AUGCAUUCCUCCAUGGUGACCUAUACAAAGAAGUGCAUAUGGAGGUGCCACCAGGUCUCUUAUGAUCAGACUGGUCCACAAAAGGUGGUUUGCAAACUCAACAAAUCAUUGUAUAGACUGAAGCAAGCCAGCAGGCAAUGGUAUGCCAAGCUGAGUGAAGCCCUGUCAUCAAUGGGGUACAAACACUCUGAGAAUGAUUAUUCACUCUUCUCCAAGAAGACUUCUUCCCACAUUAUCUUUGUAGUUGUCUAUGUUGAUGAUGUUAUCAUCACUGGUACUGAUUCAGUAGAGAUAGCCAAUUUGAAAUCAUUUCUUGACAAGCAAUUCAGAAUUAAGGACCUGGGGAAACUUCAUUACUUCUUGGGCCUAAAGGUCCUCUACAAAUCAGAUGGUGUCAUCAUAUCUCAAAGGAACUUGUCCUCUCCCCUUGAUCCUGCUGUGAAGUUGAAAGCUGAUAAGGGCACUCUUCUUCCAGACCCUACAUAUUACAGAAAAUUAGUGGGCAAGCUGAACUUCCUCACCGUCACAAGACUUGACAUAGCCUACAGUGCACAGCUUCUCAGCCAGUUCAUGCAAGCACCUAGAGAUACACACUUGACAGCAGCUUUUUAUCUCCUCAGGUACCUCAAGAUAGAUCCCACACUUGGCAUAUUUUUUUCCAGCAACACUGAUUGUUCCAUCUCUGCCUACUGUGACUCUGACUGGGCAUCAUGCCGUGACUCAAGAAAAUCUAUCACUGGCUACAUUGUUCUAGUUGGAGACAGUCCCAUUAGUUGGAAAUCAAAGAAGCAAGAAACCAUUUCCUUGUCCUCAGCUGAGGCUGAGUACAGGUCCCUCAGGAAGUGGUUGGAGAAUUGA